AUGACAUCAGAUGUGCACCAGUCUACCAAAGUUUCCCCCAGUGAUGAUGCCAUCAUUCCAGGGAGUGAAGAGAUUACCAAGUCUCCAUCCAGUGCACUGGAUAAGCUGUGGAGUUUCCUGAAAAUUGUACUACAAUUGCUUGGUGCACUUCAGAUCUUAAUCGGAUUGAUUAAUACCAGCUUAUGGAUGAAAUGGGCCUCAUGGUUGUCAAAGCAAACGGAAGAAAGAAGGCAUUUUUAUAUUUUUACUUCAGGCUAUGCACUUUGGGGAGGACUGAGUUUCACCAUCUCAGGCAUUUUCUCAUUUAUUUCUGCAAAGAUAUCCUCCAAAACUCUGGUGAAAUGCUGCCUGGUAACGAGCAUUCUAAGUGCCUCAGCUGCGCUGGCUGGGAUAAUUAUGAUUCAACUCGAUAUGAUCGUAAAUCAUGAAUGUCAGAGUGUUUAUUAUGGAACUUUCACAUGCUACACGAACAUUGUCACUAUCACUUUGUCUUGUAUUUUACAGGCCUUUGUCUUGGUGAAGCUCACACUGGCUACUAUGGAGCUCUGCAUCUCAACUUUUCUUAUCGCUCUUUCUUCCUUUCAGAUCAAGGUUCCUGAAGAGAAAUCGACCAUCCCUUUUGAAAAUCCUUAUGAAGACCUGCUUUUUCAGCCUGAUCCUUAUGAUGAGAUACAGCCUCAGCUAGAAGGAUAUGACCCCUAA